AUGGUGUACAGGCGUCAAGCCUUAGGUAACACCUCCUCAAAUCCAGUACUGAAGGAAUACCGCCGGGAGCACAUACUCACUGAGGGACAUGUUAGGUCGCUCAAGAUUAACUGGCCGGCUACCUUUUCGGCCAGAAUCAUGGAAGCUCCCCCAUUCCCAAAGGUUAAGCUUCCGUCGAUUGAACCUUUUGAAGGUACUACUGAUCCAGAUGAUCACCUAUCAGCCUACAAACACCAGAUGUAUGUUCAGGGAGUUGAUGACGCUACAUGGUGUAAGAACUUUCCAGCCACUUUGAAAGGAGUGGCGCAGAAGUGGUUUAACAACCUUCCUCCUAACUCGAUCCAAGAUCUGAAUGCUGGUGUGGCACUUGAGGCUUUCAUCCGAGGUCUGAGACCUGGAAGUUUUAAGUUUGACUUGGUAAAAAAGAAGAUAACCACCCUAACUAAGGCUCUUAAGGAGGUCGGAGCUUUCAUUCACGCUACGGAAGUUUGUGCAGAAGCAAAAUAUCCGGAGGCAAAGAAAGUUGAAGAGGCUACUCAGCCAAAGAAGAGUCUCCCCAAGAAAGCUGAAACUUGGGCAAUGACCUCAAUGACUACCUCGUCCAAGAGAAGCAAAAGAUUUGAACCGGCAGCUUCAGCUGAACCCAUAGAGUUCAGCAAGGAUCAGUAUUCCAUUCUCAUGGAGAUCAAGGAUCAACAUGAACUGAAGGCGCCGGCAGAAAUGAAGACGCCCUACAGAAAUAGGGACAAAAGUAAGUACUGUCAUUUCCACAAAGAUUGUGGUCAUGAGACGAAUGAGUGUAAGCAUCUAAAAAGAGCUUUGGAAGACCUGGGCCGAAAGGGUAAAAUGAACUCUUAUUUACCCCAGUCAAGUAGAAAAUUUCAGAAGAAGGACAAUCGUCAGGGAAGAAGGAAAGAUGACGAGAGCACUGAUGAAGACGUAGUGAUGGUAAUUUCUGGAGGGUUUGCAGCCGGAGGUCCUACAACUCGCGGCCACAAGAAUUAUUUGCGGGAGCUCAACCAGGUGAUGCUUACCAACCAGGCAGAGUCUGAUCCUUUCCCUAAAAUUGUGGUCAGCGAGCAAGAUCGAGGGAAGAUCAGAAUGCCUCAUGAUGAUCAACUGGUGGUAGAGACGAAGAUUGCAAAUCUCAGGGUAAGACGAAUCCUGAUUGAUACAGGAUGCUUUACCGAUAUCAUCAGUGCGGAUUGUCUAUCAAGAUUGAAGUUUGAUGAAAAUGAUUUAGUUCCAGUCAAUCAUCCUAUUAUCGGCUUCGACGGAGGAAUUAUUCAUCCCAUAGGGAAAGUUACCCUACCCGUCAUGGUGGGAGAUAAAGACGCUGCUCGAAGGCUUUUUGUGAAAUUCCUGGUAGUACGAGAUCUAACAGCUUACAAUGUCAUCCUCGGACGACCUACCUUAAAUCACAUUAAAGCCAUCAUUGUGACUCACCUGAUGCUCAUGAAAUUUAAGUGUGAUGGUGGGAAAAUUGGAUCUUUGUAUGGAGACCAGCAGGCGGCAAGGGAAUGCUAUCUUACCACCUUGAGACCAUCAUCAUGGAAGGAGAAAUCAGAGCGGCUAAAGGCUAUGUAG